GAUCUGCUCACCAAACACUGAACCUUUUCCAUAGUCAAUAACAGCUUGGGGUCCGCAUCAUGCAUAGCACCGAGAGCAUAACAUCGUUGGACGACGACGACGACGAUGACGUCCGUCCGGCAUCGAGCAGGAUGCCUUCAGCAUGGUUUUCGGGAUAUCGCCCGUUCCCUCCGGUCAUCAAUCUCUACGGCAAUUUCUCUGGUGUCAUCGACGCAGUGACCACGAUGAAACUCUGCGGUGCGGACAAAAACGACUUCUUGUAUGUCGUCGAGAUACACCACGGCCUUACCCCCAGAGGACCGCUCCAUUUCAGGCCGGGCCUCUACCUCCGGAACGGGACCAAGACCAACGCCCCUAUCUUGGCGGCCGCCGGCGACGAAGAUCGAGAACCCCUUUUGAUGUCGACCUUUAGCGUAAAGAGUCUCAUCAUGCUGCCGCCGCCGCCGGACGUCGAGGUUAAGAACCCCCGCGACUUGGUUACCGAAAUCAUGUACGCCAAAAAAACCAGCGACGGUACCGUAUCGUUCCGAUUCUCCAUCGAGGUCGGCCUUAAGAUGAAAAGUCGCGAGGAAUUUGAGUGGAGGAAGUUGACCGGGAAGGACAAAACCAACACCCAGCACGCCCGGUUUAUUCUCGUUCGGCCGCCACCCUCGUCCACCUCAGCUUCAUCCUCCUAUUCGACACAAGAGGAAAUCGAGGUACUCGCCGACCUUACGUUUUGCAAUGUAAUGUCUGUUAACCACUUGUUUGUGUUGGAGCUGAAGGGGGCGGCUGCUUCAGGGGAGAUGGGCGACCGUUGGACCCUCAUGGUUGUUGUUACCGCCCUCAGACUUUAUUGGCUACGUUGCUAUGGCAAAACCAACAAGGCCGUCGUGGGAAUUGGGCAAAAGCUUCGGGGUAAAUAGGUUGGUAAUUGGUUUGUUAUCUUCCUGUCCAGAGUUUCCACGUAAUGUUAGCUUGUUAGUGCACACUUGUCCCAAGGAAGCUUACCCAGUUCGCCAGAUCUGUCGAAACAAAUUGAUUCCCUAAAUCA